AUGGCCACCGUGAGUGCGUCCGCUGCCACCAUUCCUCCAUCUUCUUCUUCUUCUUUCUGUCGCCAUCUGCAACCGCAACACGGCAGUUGCCGGUGCUGCUCCGACUGCCCCUCGCCUUCUUUCUGUCCUGCAGCAGCUAGCCGCCGCCGCCGCUCGUACGACCCUCCCAUCCGCUAUCCGCUGCUCCGUUCAAAAGGAUUUGGAUCACACACAACACAAACACUCCGGUCUCCAUUAUGUGCAACAACGAUUGCGGCUUUUGUGAGAAUGACAGUUGAAGAUUCAAAAAAGUUAGCUUUUACCAGAAUUCUACCCUUCUUGGGUUGUUUUCUCACAGAGACAGAAUUGACCUGGCUUAAUGCUCAUCUUACAAAGAUCUGGCCCUAUGUUGAUGAGGAGUUUCUAUUGUUGAAGAUGGAGCUUCCUCAACUCGAUCGACUGAGCAUGCACUCUAAAUCAACACUUGCCCAGUGUCCAAAUACCUACAUCCACCUUUACCAGCCUAUUAAGGAACAACAACCGAUUGAAACAAGAGUGUCGAUUUUUGCAUCUUAGGCCUGGAAGAAUUGAUAGAAAGAUUGAAUUCCCAAAUCCAAAUGAAGAUAUUCCAAAUAUACCCGGCAGGGGAGCUUUACAAACAUAAACCAUGGCUUUUAAGGGCUUUACAUCUUAAAAUUUGUGGAAGCUUCUGGAAGGUAUUUAGUGAAUAUUUUAGUUUUGAGUUCAAUUGUUUUUAUGUAGUUUUGGGGGAAGAAUGAAUAUACAGAUGUUGAGCUUGAUAGGGUGCGUGUAAAAUGGGAUACUUAUGUCAUAAACUUAAUUUAUAAGUGAUGCAUUUGACAAUUACUUUUUGAUGAAUUUGGAACGUAUUUUUGAAUUUGACACUAUAGUUUGUAUAAUUUAGACAAUAAAUUUGUAUUAGUUUGAUUAAGAUUUGGU